AUGCCUUUGCAAGCGCAUUUAAAGAGCUGCUUGUAUUCAGGUCUGCUGUAUUACGGCACAAUUCGAUUUCCACAAGGUGUUGAGCAAACAUGUCUUGCGCUUGGCAGCUGCCUCGGAUUAAGAUCUGUUCUCUUUAGCAGCUUUCUGCUAAACUUUAUUCAUGGUGCUUGUCAUUCUGAAGGAUCAGCUCGCAAGCGAGCCAUCGAUAAACUGAUGAUCAGACCGGAUGCGUUUGUUGCGUGGCAAAGUUUCUCCCCCGAAGCAAAUACGAGGGCGGGGCGAUGCUGA